AUGUCAAUCAAAAGUGACGCCUCCAUGAGGGAGCACAUUUUGUUCAAUAAAGAACCUUUCUCAACCAAUCAGAGCUCGGAGACAGAAUCCAGACCUGACUCACUCCCCAGAGGAAUGUCAAUCAAAAGUGACGCCUCCAUGAGGGAGCGCAUUUUGUUCAAUAAAGAACCUUUCUCAACCAAUCAGAGGGACACACGUCUCUCCUCUGUGACAGUCAGAAGUGAUGAUUCUACUAUGGAAACCAUUUUAGAAGAACAAUCAUAUGAGAGUUUGGUAGAGACACGUCCAGACCUUGACAAUGGAUCUAUUUUUAAGAAACUGGAGGAGCACAUUUUAAGUUUUGUUCAAAAUGAGCUGAGAAAGUUACAGGAAGUUCUAAUGGCAGAGGAACCAGAGUCCUUGGCAUUUGAUGAGGACGACAAGGCAGGAAUUAAAGAAGCCUUUCUGAAGAUCGCCCUGAGCUUCCUCAAGACUUUGGACCAGGACAAAUUGGCUGAACGUCUACACAACAGACAAUGUGGUUUUGAACAUCGCAAUAAACUGAAGUUUGAUCUGCAGCAGAGGUUCAGCCGUGUGUUUGAGGGUGGGGCUAAAGCAGGAAACUCCGUCCCCCUGACCCAGAUCUACACAGAGCUUUACAUCACAGAGGGCGGGGCCUCAGAGGUCAACCAGGAAGGUGAGGUCAGACACAUGGAGACCAUGUCCAGGAGACCUGCUUCUCUAGAGACCAUCAUCACAUGUGAAGACAUGUUUAAAGUCCAAAAGAUGUCAAACAGAGUGGUGCUGAUGAAGGGUGUGGCCGGUGUGGGGAAGACAGUGUUGACUCAGAAGUUCAGUCUGGACUGGGCUGAAGGCCGGGCCCACCAGGACUUCCAGCUGCUGUUCCCGUUCACUUUCAGAGAGCUCAAUGUGCUCAGAGAUAGACAGUUCAGCCUGGUGGGACUGCUGCACCACUUCUUCAGUCCAUCCAAAGGUCUCUGCAGGUUCCAACAUCUCCAGGUGCUCUUCAUCUUUGAUGGUCUGGACGAGUGCAGACCUCCUCUGGACUUCAGUCGAAACACCGCACCUGACCACACCACAGAGAUCACCUCAGUGCACGUGCUGCUGAAGGAGCAGUACUUCAGGAAGAGGUGCAGAGACCAGGCCACAGCCAUCAUCUCCCACAUCAAGAGCAUCCGCAGCCUCCACAUCAUGUGCAGAAUCCCAGUCUUCUGUUGGAUCCUCUCCACGGUUCUACAGAAGCUUCUGGAACAAACAGAGGAACCAGAGUUGCCCCAAACUCUCACAAACCUCUACAUCCACUUCCUGGUGGUGCAGCUUAAACAGAAGAACAUCAAAUAUGAUGACAAACUGGAGACAGGUUCUGCCUGGUCUGCUGAAAACAAGAAGAUGGUUCGGUCUCUGGGACGACUGGCCUUUGAGCAGCUGCAGAAAAACAACCUGAUCUUCUAUGAGAAUGACCUGAGUGAAUAUGGGCUGGACGCUACACAAAAGUUUCAACAUGGUCCCAUCUCCUACAAACAUGCACAGAAGUCCUCCAGCUAA